CGGGUUUUCCUUCCGAUGUGGCUUCGGGUAAAAUCAAGGUCAAUCGGCGACAAAGAAAAAAAAGACGACAGAGUAGAGAAAAAGAAGAUCUUGAAAAAUAAAUAGUUCAAUACUCAAGGAAAAAGUCAUGGGUUGCGUGCAGUCAAGCGAGAAUAAGACCCCUGCGGCCGGCGCGAAGGAAGCGGAGACGCAGCAGCAGGUGCCGGACCGAACCAGGAGGAGGCUAUCCGUGUUGAAGGGAGCGGACAGCCAAGUCGAAGAGGGCGCCACAAAGGCACAGCAGCAGUCUGCGGCGACGAAGGUGAGGCUGGCUAUGUAGAAAAGCUUAAUAAACUCUUGUACGAGGUGGAGGUGCAUGUCGCUUCGUCUGGACUGGGUGGAAACAAAUUCCAUUAAACAAAAAGUUCAAUCUCCCUAUAGCAAGAACACAAUGAAAUCAUCCCUCAACAGUUUGAAACCUUGUUGGAGCUCCUGCCGGCCGGCGACAAGCGAUUUUCCGUCGCGGGGUUGCAGCCCACCGGGUCCCAGAAGUAUCAAAUGUAAAAAUGUCUGGGUCUGGAAACUUGUGAUGCUGAGUGGCGUAGCAUGAAGAGGCCACAAGUGCUGGCUCAGCAUGACAAAUUUUUGAGCUUGUAGGUGUUGCCUAUUCUGCAUGACAAAUUGCGUCUCCGCAUGACAGAAAAGUGCGGCUCUUGGGCAACGUGCAUGACAGAUUUAAUAGUCAUGCCAGACAAGCAUGACAAACAUGCAUUCUUCCAGACCCAGACAUUUUUACAUUUGAUAAGAAGGGGUUUGAAGACAAAUGCAAGUCGGUCUCCUCCAACUACGCCGGGGACCAGGUGAACGUCGCCCAGUUCGGCCUGGGGUACGCCUGCAAGAAAGGCCUGAAGCCCGAGUCACCAAACCAGGACGACUACUUCGUCUUGCAGGUAAUAAGUUUUCGAAAUAAAUCAAUGCACCUUACUAGUGGUUUGAGCUUGAAAGACAAGGAUGCCUUCUGUGCCCCCGCGUCUUGCUUUCUCCUUGUGUGAAAAGUGAAUGUCAAGACCGGCGCGUUGUAGUGGAUACAUAGUACCAAUACGACGUAUCGGAUCCAAACUACAGGUCGACAACAGCUGCGGGAUCUACGGUGUCUUCGACGGCCAUGGGCCCUUCGGGCACGAGGUGUCCCACUUCGUGCACCAACUCCUCCCGUCAAUCCUCUUGCGCUCAGCCGACACACUGAAAUCCGACCCGAAAGAAGCGCUGACCAAAGCCUUCACCAAAACGCAUCAGCAGGCUGCAAAAGCGAACGAGAAACAGGUACUACUUCGUAAGUACAUCAUUUCUUUGCGCGUUCAAUGUCGCGAAAGGGCAUGAUACUUCCUUGCUCGCGCAGGUCAUGGUUGUGGUGGGUCAUGGUCGUCGUGCAAAUAAGAGCAGGUGAAUGAAACGUAGAACGGAAGUUCUAGUUAGUUCGUUGUGCACGACAAAACUAACUUCACUUUAGGUCUUGGACUGUACGCUCUCCGGCACGACGGGCACCGUCCUGGUGCUCAGGGAGGAGCAAAACGAGGGACAUAUCGCGCAUGUGGGUGACAGUCGCGCCGUCAUAGCGGAGCUGGACGAGAGCACCGGAAACUUGGUCGGUGUCGAGCUGUAUCAAAUGCAAAAAUGUCUGGGUCUGGAAGAAUGCAGAUUUUUGUCAUGCUGUUUUUGCAUGACACAAAAUGUCUGCCAUAGAAGCCCUAGCAUCACAGAUUUCGAGAAGCUUCCGCAUUGCUUAAUCCGCAUGACAAAUCCCCCAUUUUGGUGACAGGAAGCGGGCACCUUUUGCUGCCUUUAAUUGAGAGAUUUGUCUGUGUUGUGAAAUGCGCAUCACAAGUUCGCAUGCUUCCAGACCCAGACAUUUUUGCAUUUGAUAAGCUGACCCCGGACCAUAAGCCCGGCCUCGCCGCCGAGAAAGCGCGCAUCCACAAGAACGGAGGGCAGGUAUUGAUAGUUAGUGCUUCUUGCAGGACCUCCCGAAUGAACAGUUUUAAGAUUCAGGAAGUAGAAACACUUUAUUGUCCACUUGAGCAUUGCACUUGCUGUUGCUUCAUCAUCAUCUAUGGUUCUUGUUCAUCGACGAGAUUCCAGAUUCAGAUGAAACACCACCUUGUAGUUUCCAUACGCGCAAAGCGCUUCGUAAGCAACUCGCAAUUUCUGCUUCUGCAGGUGCGCUGCCUGAACGGUGACGUCAACGAGCGGGUGUUCUUGAAGGGCAAGCUCUACUAUGAAAUGCAAAUCUGUCUGGGUCUAGAAAGAUGCCGCGGAUUGGUGCUGCUGGGCCUUGCGUGAAGACACUGUGGUCUACUUUUGUACGACAGCACGGCAUGUUAAAAGUAGAAAAAUGAGUUUUACAAGGCUUCUUGCAUAUUUAUUCGUCAAGCGCAUGGCUUGCAAGACGACAUAAAACAAGCUCAGUAGCCGAUCCUCUUCACGCAAUACAGCCCCUGCAGCUCUCGUCGUACGAAUGUUGCAUGUUGACAAAUCCAGACCUAGACAAAUUUGCAAUGCACAUCUGCCCGGGACUGGCAAUGUCGCGAUCCAUCGGAGACUUGGUCGGGGCGUCGGCGGGCGUGAUUUCAGAUCCGGAAUUGAAGUCCUUCACGAUCGAGGACAAGCACCAGUUCGUGUUGAUUUGCUCCGACGGUGUCUGGGAAUUCAUCAGCAAUCAGGAAGUACAUAAACAAAGAUACUCCGGUUACUUUUUUCAUCAUACACGAAAGAGCAGAAAAGAGUUUUCCUUUUCACACAAUGUGCACAACUUCUUUUUCCUGCUUCUGCUCCUGUGUGACAGACAACUCAGCAUGGAUGACAUCAACUGUUCCCACCCUUCCGAAAAUCCAUACCAGGCCGUCGAUUUGGUAAACAAGUAUGACGCGAGCCAGGCGAUGCAGGCAGCAGAGGAAUUAGCCAAGGAAGCCUGGAAGAGGUGGAUUGCGGAGGAGCAGACCGUCGUGGAUGACAUAUUACAGUGAAAAGUGCCCCCCACCCCUCAAAUUGCAAAAAUUUGUGAUGCGAAGUUUCCAAAUGAAACCUUUUUGUCAUGCAUGAAAGGAGUAUGAAUCUUUCUGAUGCAGAGUCUAGGCGUGUAUCGCAUCGCUUGCAUGACAAGCGCCGCUCUUGCUGGGGUCUUUUGCAAUACAAAUUUUCGCUAUCCACGAUUGGAAACCUGUGAUGCUGAUAGGUGCAAGAGGGCGAAUGUUUCAUUUGGAAAGGUUUGCAAUACAAAUGCUUUCAAGUUCGGGGGUGGGGGCAUUUUUCAUUCUGAUAUGACAUCACGGUGAUUCUGGCCCACUUUCAGCCGAGUCGCGCGAAGUCGUUGUUGCAAAACAGCGCCGUGUCCACUGCCGCGGCAGCUUGA